CAUCCUGGGCAGUUUGAGGGAAAUUCAACUUUAUGCCGAAAAGUUAUUAAUUUUAAUUUGUGUGUUCUAAAAAAAAGGUUCUGAUUAGAUUCGAAGGAUUAGAAUUAAAAAUGACAUUUUACCACUUUGGAAACUGCAUCGCCCUCGCCUACUUGCCCUACUACCUGGCUUACAAACAUUCUGGAUUGUCAGAGUAUGGAGCAUUCUGGAAAUGUAUCCAAACUGGAUUUAUCUACGCGUUCACACAACUCUGCAAAAUGUUAGUUCUUGCUACAUUUUUUCCAAUCCCUUCCAGCGGUCACGAAUCACUUAGCUCAUCAGAACCGGAUGUGUUGGAUGGAAAGGAUCGUCUCGCAUCCGAAUUUCUGAAAGAUUCGAUGGACCUGGUGGACCUCGUAGGAAUGUAUUUCGCCCUCUCACGAAUCCCUGGUCGUGGCCAUUCUAAAGUCUUGACGGCUGGAAUUGGAUGGGGAACUGCUGAACUUUUACUGACUCGUGUCUUUGCUAUUUGGGUGGGGGCAAAAGGCGUAGAGUUCAAUUGGCGAUAUAUUCAACUGGGUCUGGAUGCAAAUAUUAGUUUGGUUCACAAUGUUGCGAUUGCAGCUUUAGUGUGGCUCUGGUCACGGCAUGACAUGAAGCGUACGUAUUAUCCGGUGGUCGUCUUCCUCGCUGCAACUUCCUGUUACAGGAACCUUUUGGUGAAUUUCCUCAGUUUCAGUGAUCUCAUCGACCCUUGGACUGUGCUGCUCAUCAAGUCAAUUCUCACCUUACUCAUUGGAGGCUGCACCAUCAAAAUUUAUUCUACGGUAGCUUAAGCUUUAAUGUUAGAAGUUACACUAGGAGUUAUGAAUGAAUGACUAUUUUCGUGCGAAUAAUAAGUUUGUGUUCUAUAUUAAA